AUGACCCUUAAGCUAUACGCCAACCUCGUCAGCCAGCCUUCGCGCGCCGUGGCUUGGGUGCUCAAGGUCAAGGGUGUAGCCCACGAGCUUGUGCUUGUGACUCCAGGCAGCAACUUUAUUAAGUCGGACGAGUUUAAGGCUAUUAAUCCCAAUCGUCUUGUGCCUGCUAUCAAGGACGAUGACUUCGUGCUGACAGAAGGCAUGGCCAUUUUGCAGUACUUGGGGGACAAGUACGACUGGACUGGAUCUACUGAUCUGUAUCCUAAGGACCUUAAGGUGCGUGCCAAGAUCAACGAGUUCUUGCACUGGCACCACACCAACACGCGGCUUUUUACAAUUAACAUUGUGCGUCCGGAGAUUGCCAAAAAACUCAAGACCGCCACCUCCAAGGACUUGGCUGCACUUGAAGGUAAAGAAUCUCUCAUCAAAAAGGAGUUUGAUCUUCUCGAGACGUUUCUGGUCAACGACUUUAUUGCUCACACUGAUUUUCCCACGAUUGCCGACUAUACGGCGUACUGCGAGAUUGACCAGCUUGAGCUCAUGGGCUACGACUUUUCCAAGUACCCAAGGGUGUCUGCGUGGACUGCUCGCAUGAAGUCUCAACCGUUUAAUGACGAGAUCCAUGAGACGCUUAAAGAUUUUGUGAAGGAUUUUGGUCUUACCGCGUAA